AUGUGGGUUACAAGGCUUAAGAGUUUGAGGAUUACCUCCAUGUUACUGGGUUUGUCUAAUUUGGUUGCGAUCAUUAUUGGUGGAAUCUUUGUUUUAAUUGUCAUUCCAGGUUGUGAUCGUAAUAGGAUAAUUAUGCCAAUUUUGGCCGUGUCCUUGGCUGCUAUCCUUAGAAUCAUUGCCAUGCUACGGUCAGGGAUUGCCCAAGAAGCCAUUGCCAAAACCAUUCAGGAUUCUCUUUCCGAGGCCUCUAUUUUUGAAUCAAUUAUUCGCCUCAAAAGACGGAUAAGGUAUAAGACAUGGCUUUGGUGGAGCCGAUUUGCAAUGGUAAUUACUUUGCUGCAAAUAAUGUGUGCAAUUUACCUUGUGUUCAACGUGGCUAAAUAUGUUUCUCAUGAUGGAACAUCAAAUCAAUGUCUCCUAGGGAUGGCUUCAAAUGGUAACCAGUGGAAGCAAAAACUUUUAAUUUUAUUUGUUAUCAUGGUCUGUUCUAUUCCAUUGAUACAAUGUUUUGCGGGAUUUGAUGUCCUAAAAUGGAGGUCUUUUUAUGCAACCAAAGAUGAUGUGUGGAAAGCUCACUAUCAUGAGGUGUUUGAUCAUGGCAUUCGUGAGGCUUUAUGCUGUUUAGGACGUGUUGAAUACCUGAGAGUGUCUGAAGAAGAUGAAGUAUGCUCAGUAGCACGAUUAUUGGGUGAUCUUGUUGCUUAUCGUGCAUCAGGCACUGGACAUUUAGAAUUCCUAACAGGUUUAGCUUUAUUGCAUAUGCAUAGUGGAUCCCCUAAAUCUUAUCAAGAAGUGGCAAUGGCACCUAAGGAAAUGAUUCAAGAGGCCUUUGAUUUUUAUGAAUUUGCUGAAGCUGCAUAUACAGGUCCAUUGCUUGAUUUCGGAAGACAUAAUGUCUUUUUUCCAUGUGCAUGGCUCUACAGGCAAGGGAUUUUGACUCCAUGGACUCGUAACAGGCGACCCAUACUUACUGGAGAUAAUUGGUGGCGAGGUCAUGCUGCUGCCUUUUUAAAAUAUGUUGAUUUGCCGCCAGAAACACUUCGACAAGGUCGUGUUUGUCAGGAAAAGUGUGAAGCUGCGUAUUUCAUUGUGGUUCUGCAUCAUCUACAAUGUAUAGUUAUUUCUAUACGAGGAACUGAGACCCCUGAAGACCUUAUAACUGAUGGAUUAGGAAGGGAGUGCCUUCUUUCUGUCGAAGAUUUGGAUGGUAGCAAUCAUAUUCACCCUAAUGUGAAGGAAAGUGUGCAAUUAUCUUUCCCACACUAUGGUCACUUGGGUAUAGUUGAAGCUACUCGGGAUCUUUAUAUGCAAAUUGAAGGAAAUCCAGGAGAUAAAGAAGCUAAAUCAAGCGGCUUCCUUUCCUCAUUGCUGGGAGCUGGAUGUGAGUGUGAUGGAUAUAGCAUUUACGUAGUUGGACAUUCCCUAGGAGGUGCAAUUGCUACAUUACUAGGAUUGAGACUAUAUGGUCAGUACCCAAACUUACAUGUUUAUGCAUAUGGGCCCCUUCCAUGCGUGGAUUCAGUCAUAGCAGAAGCAUGCUCAGAAUUUGUUACAAGCAUUAUACACGACAAUGAAUUUUCUGCACGCCUUUCAGUGGGAUCAAUUCUACGGCUUCGGGCAGCUGCAAUUAUGGCACUCUCAGAAGAUUCCAAAACUGAUACAGCUUUUAUUUUUAGACUUGCUCGUCGAUUUCUUUAUAUUAGCAAGUGGCAAAGAGGCAUUGAGGUUAAAGAUCCAUCAGAAUUACAGUCUCCGCCCACCACAGUGGAAGAUCAAAAUUAUGAAGUCCAUAAAGAUACAAGCAGUGAUGGAGAUAUUGAUGAUGACAGUUUUGAAAAUCCUUUUCAUAAUGAGGCUGCGAAUGUAAAUGCAGUAGAUAAUCCUGUAUCUCAAUUUUUGGAAACUGUCCCUGGAAGUGAAAAUGGGUCAGCUGGGGAUCCCCCAGAGAUGUUUCUACCAGGGCUUGUGAUUCACCUGGUACCAGAACAAAGAAAUGACAAUGUGCCUUUGUGGAAAAGCUGGAGAUUCCAAGAGAGGGCGCAGCAUUAUAAUGCUUAUAUAGCAAACAGAGAAGACUUCAAAGAUAUUGUUGUCUCACCAAAUAUGUUCCUUGAUCAUCUUCCUUGGAGAUGUCGUGAUGCCAUGCAAAAGAUAUUAGAAGCUGAAAAUGACGAAGGCCUGCAUAAUGAAGUUCAAAUUGUGUGA